UCAUCACCGAGCAGGAGGGCAGCGUGCGCGGCCCGACCAGCUUAAAACUGGUAAAAGACCGCCCGUGAGGCGCUCUUGUACAGCCAAACCGCCGUAUCCGCGGCGCGAGCUCAAACGAUGGCGCGGAGAUCGAGAUCCUGCUUGGCGCCCAGCCGCAGCGCGCUCUUACUAAUAGCGUCGGCGCGGUCGGCGCGCGCCCUCGCGCCGACGCCCAAGCCCUACCACGUCCACGUCGGCGCGGGCAAGCUCGGCCUCUCGUUAGUAGUGCCCGCGCUCGCCGACAAAAACCACGACUUCGCUGUUUUAGACACCCCGAAGGACCCGGCCUGGGCCGGCCUCCUCGAAAAAGGAAGGCAAAACAUCGACGUGCUGGUCAACGACGAGCACGUCACUACUUUAGAUUUCCACGACGGGCUCGCGGCGGCGAGCGGCGCGAGUCUCAUCGUAACAGAUGACGUCGAGGCCCUCGGCGCGACGCUGGCCAGAGCGACGACGGUCUCGUGUUCGUUGGGGCCCUUCCUGAACCCCGUGAUGACGCACUUGUUCGAGUGUGCUUCGAAAGCGGGUUCUACCGACAAAAAAACUCUGUACUGCUGCGAGAACGACCACUCGGCCGUUGUUGCAUUGCGAGACGAGCUGGGCGAUCGCGUCGAUGUGGUGGACUGCGUCGUCGAUCGCGUGUCGACGAAGAGAAGUGUAGAUGCUACGCGAGGUACGAUCCGCAUGUCGUGCGAGUCGUGGGGCGGCGUCAUCGCUUCCCUCGAUCCUCGCAUAAACCGGAAGAAGCCGCCGCCCUUCGGCGAGGCCUUCGGGGCCGAGGUCCACGCGCCUACGAGUCAUGCUGCUGCGGCCUUUCUCUCGGACAGAAAGCUCCAGCUCGUCAACGGCAUGCAUACCACUUUAGCUUUCUCUACCAUGCGUCGAUUCAACGCCGAUGAACCGGGCGACCUACCUCUCGGACGGCCGCGAGAUUUUGAUGGUGGUGAACUGAGAUCAUGGGCAUUAGCAAGGUGUGCCGGCCUCAUCGCCGCGCAUGGCGUCCCCGUCAUCAUGGACGCCUUCGACGCGGCGACGGAGCAGGACGCCUUCGACGCGCUGGAGGCGUACGCUCGCACUUGCCUGCAACGUUUUGACGACGCCCCCGACGACACUGUAGCAAGAGUCCUCGGCGGCGGCGUGGCCCACCGCUGGCGCGGGCGGCUGGCCGCGACGGAGGGCGACCUCGCGCGCGCGUUACAGUCCAACGCCGCGGCCCAGCGCUUCCUGCAGCGCUACGCCGAUGCUGUGGACGUGACGCGGGCCGUCAGUCGCUUGGUCAAGGCGACGCGCGCGGCGUGCGAGCUCGACGAUGCCAGAAGAGCACAAACCGAGGAGGCCGUCGCGGCCUAGACUCCUUGCCGUCUCCGGCCGCACGCGCGGAGACGCCCCUUAGAAUCGCUCGCUCCCUUCCCCUGCGGCCGACCGAGAAGGUCCGCCGCAAACCGAAAGCAGUGUGUAAAGUCAUACCGACGAAGGAA